UUCCAGGGUGGGAUUGUUUUGUUUUGAUUUUUUGGGGUCCUUAAAUGUUUUUCUGCAAACUUCGUGGAGAGUGCUCUUCUCCUCAGCACCAAGCCUGGACUAAUGGAUUACCACCUGCUUGGAUUAACUUUAGCUUUUUUCUUCGGUGAUACAAAGGUCCUAGCCGGUUACCCUAUUUGGUGGUCCCUUGCAUUAGGCCAGCAAUAUACAUCCCUGGGCUCCCAGCCAAUUCUCUGUGGUUCAAUUCCUGGCUUAGUGCCUAAGCAGCUUCGCUUCUGCCGAAACUACAUUGAGAUCAUGCCUAGUGUGGCUGAAGGUGUGAAGCUGGGAAUUCAAGAGUGCCAACAUCAGUUCCGGGGGAGACGUUGGAAUUGCACCACCAUUGAUGACAGCUUGGCUAUUUUUGGGCCUGUUCUAGAUAAAGCCACAAGAGAAUCAGCUUUUGUGCAUGCCAUUGCCUCUGCUGGUGUAGCCUUUGCUGUCACACGCUCAUGUGCUGAAGGUACUUCCACUAUUUGUGGCUGUGACUCACACCAUAAGGGACCACCUGGUGAAGGAUGGAAAUGGGGAGGCUGCAGUGAAGAUGCUGAUUUUGGGGUACUUGUCUCACGAGAGUUUGCAGAUGCCCGAGAAAACCGUCCAGAUGCUCGCUCUGCCAUGAACAGGCACAAUAAUGAAGCUGGAAGAACAACUAUCUUGGAUCACAUGCAUUUAAAAUGCAAAUGCCAUGGCUUGUCUGGCAGCUGUGAGGUUAAAACAUGCUGGUGGGCCCAGCCAGAUUUCCGGGCCAUUGGUGACUACUUGAAGGACAAGUAUGACAGUGCUUCGGAGAUGGUGGUAGAGAAACAUCGGGAAUCCCGUGGUUGGGUGGAGACACUGCGUGCCAAGUAUGCCCUCUUUAAGCCACCAACAGAGCGUGACUUGGUCUAUUAUGAGAACUCACCCAAUUUUUGUGAACCCAACCCCGAGACUGGGUCAUUUGGUACAAGGGACAGGAUGUGCAAUGUGACCUCACAUGGGAUUGAUGGGUGUGAUUUGCUCUGCUGUGGCCGUGGCCACAACACUAGGACAGAGAAAAGGAAAGAGAAAUGCCAUUGCAUCUUCCACUGGUGCUGUUAUGUCAGCUGCCAGGAAUGCAUUCGUGUUUAUGAUGUUCAUACCUGCAAAUAAAAAAAAGGUUGCAUUAUGGCGGCUGACAAUGAGCUCUGAAGUUCCUGAGGUAAUGUUCCCAAUAUUUAAAGGUUAUUUGUUUUGCACAUAUGAGAAUAUAUUUGUUUAAAAAUCCCUACGAAA